UUCCAUUCUCUUCUGUCCAACGGAUGCCAUUCUUUUGCAAUCGAUUGAUGGAUUGACUCUCGUUCAUAUUCACUACCUUUCGCUGCUAGGAUUGGAAUGUAACCUGCAUUCUUGCUGCAUUCCGUCUAGACACAGAAAAGAGACCCCCGGUCUCCGGUGCUUCAUCACCAUGUCCCAAAUCGAAGACGUCCGCAAGGAUGGCUUUGCUCAGAAGGUCAAACGCUACCUCCCCACCAAGGAAAUCUGGGGCAGGUCCUUCUCCUACAUCCGCCUCCUCUUCUCCCUCGACUACACCUACGUCGAUGUCAUUCUCAUUAUCCUCGGUGUCAUCUUCGGUAUCGCUGGUGGUAUCCCUUUUCCGCUGCUUGGUAUCGUCUUCGGUGACCUGAUCAACGAUAUGAACUCCACCACCUGCAGCGCCAGUUCCGGCACCAGUACCUCGGACCUGUCCAGCCAUGUGGAAACCGAGGUGUUGUACGUCAUCUACAUUACCAUUGGAAACUUCUGCUCUAUCUACAUCUAUACCUGCUGCUGGUGUUUGGUCAGUGAACGUCUGGCACGCCGCUACCGGAAAGCCUACUUUGAGAGUGUGAUUAAGCAGGAAGCCUCGUUUAUCGAGUCGCUGCCCUCUGGCGAUGUCGUUUCGCGACUGGUCGGCGAUAUCGAGGUCGUGCAGGCCGGUACCUCCGAAAAGGUGGGUUUGGUGCUUACCACCAUUUCCUACUUUGUGACGGCGUAUAUCGUCGCAUUCAUCAAGGUGCCCAAGAUUGCCGCCAUGUUGAUCUCCGUUGUGCCCUGUUUCUUCAUCAUGUCGCUGGUUGGUGGACACUAUGUGAAGAAGUUUGCCGGCAAGAUUUCGGACAACAUUAACGCGGCGACAUCGAUUGCGUCGUCGAGUCUGUCGCAUCUCAUGCUUGUGCAAGCCUUCAACGCCAAUGACCGCUUGGAGAAGCGGUUUGCGACGUAUCUGGCUGGUGCACGGAUGGAUGCGUUGAAGAAGGCCGCCACGCAUGCCUGGCAGUUGGGUUUCUUGUAUUUUAUUGCGUAUUCCGCCAACGCGCUUGCUUUCUGGGAGGGUGCGCAGAUGAUUUCCAAGUCCGUGGGCGAGGAUGGUGGCGUGUCUGUUGGUUCUGUUUACACGGUUAUCUUCGUGUUGAUCGAUGCCUCGUUUAUUCUGUCUCAGGUCGCGCCGUUCAUUCACGUUUUCGCUUCUGCGGCUGGUGCGUCGGAGCGUCUGCUGACGGUUAUCAACCGGCCGUCUUGCAUCGACGCGACUUCCGAUGAGGGAGAUAAGUCUGCUGGCUUCCGCGAGGAGAACAUCGUCUUCGACAACGUUCACUUCACCUAUCCCUCACGGCCAGAUGUCCCCGUCCUGCAGGGCGUCAACUUCACCAUCCCCCCGCGCAAGCACACUGCCAUCGUCGGUCCGUCUGGUGGAGGCAAGUCCACCGUUGUCGCCCUGCUGGAACGUUUCUACGACCCCAAGUCCGGCAAUGUGAUGAUCGGAGACACCAACUUCCGCGACCUGAAUGUGCGCUACCUGCGCGGCAACAUUGGUUUUGUGCAGCAGGAACCCUCCUUGCUCGACCGGUCUAUCCUCGAAAACAUCGCAUACGGUAUGGUCGCCUCCUCCAACGAGGCGCACCAGCCCCUGUCCCAGUACAUCUACGACUCGACCCUCCCCGAUCUGGCUGAAAUGAUCUGCUCUGGUGUCUCUGAAGAAGAAGCCCUGGCCAGAUUCCCUGCUGAAGUUGCCGACAUUGUUGCCCGCGUCAAGCAGGCUGCCAGUGAUGCCAACGCCAUGAACUUCAUCGCCGGUCUUCCGUACGGUCUUGCAACCGGCGUUGGUUCUGCGGGUAACCAGCUUUCCGGUGGACAGAAGCAGCGUAUCGCAUUGGCACGAGCUCUCGUUCGUCAGCCCUGCUUGCUUGUUCUCGAUGAAGCUACAGCAGCACUUGACUCGACUUCUGAGAAACUGAUCCAGCAGGCGCUUGCGAAGGUUUCGGAGAGUCUUACUACGGUUUCGAUUGCGCAUCGUUUGGCGACCGCCAAGGACGCGCAUAAGAUUGUCGUCGUGCAGACUGGUCGUGUUACUGAGGAAGGAUCGCACGCUGAGCUUGUCGCCAAGGGUGGUGUCUACGCUGAAAUGGUCCGCUUGCAGAACCUGGGCAAGCUGAGCGCCGAGGAUGCCGCCAUCCCGCAGGACAUGAUCGGAAAGGCCGGACCUGCCAACAGCAACACCAACACUAACAUCGUGGAUGAGAAGAAGGAAGCCGGUGUCAGUGACACUGAAAUCAGCGAGACGCCUCCUGCCUCCAAGUCCGCCGAUGUCUCGGCCCCUGCCCUAGAAAAGGAAAGCAAAUGGAAGAUCUGGAAAAAGAAGGACAACGAAGAAGAAGACAAAGACCUCAAGGCCAAGACCAAACGCUCCGGCUGGUUCACCACCAAAUACAUCUUCUCCCUCCUCCGCCCCAACAUGAUGUUCAUCAUCGCCGGCCUGUGUAUGUCCGCCAUUAUCGGUGGCAGCUACUCUGCCGAAGCCGUCAUCUUUGGUCACACCGUCGGUGCCCUGAACCCGUGCCUCUCGCCCGAGAGCAUCAGCUCCAGCGGAGACCUGUACGGUCUGUUGUUCUUCAUCAUGGCGCUGGUCGAGAUGUUCGCCAACGUCGCUGGUGGAUGUGCGUUUGGCUGGGCUGCGGAUAAGGUUCUGUAUCGGAUUCGGGUGCUUUCAUUGCGGUCGCUGUUGAAUCAGACUGUCGAGUGGCAUCAUAGUGAGGGUCGGUCGCCGGGGACACUGCUUACUUAUAUUACGGGUGAUGCGUCGGCGUUGAGUGGAAUUACCGGUACAACGAUUGGAUUGUUGCUAGCGACUGCUGUUAACUUGAUUGCUGGUCUGGUGAUUUCGCUUGCCAUUGCCUGGAAGAUUACCGUCGUUUUGCUCCCGACUAUCCCCGUGCUGCUGGUUGCCGGUAUGAUGAAGCUACGCGUGCAAGCCAAGUUCGCUGAGCGUCACCAGAAGGCCUUUGCCAAUGCGACUGCCAUCACCGUCGAAGCCGUCGACAACAUCCGCGCCGUGGCUGCCUUCUCCCUCGAGAAGCAGUCGUACGCCGUGUUCGGCCGCGCACUGAUCAAGCCCUACCACGCGACUAUGAAGGCCAUUGCAUGGGGAAAUAUCUGGCUUGCGGCCGCGUUCAGUAUCAGUAACCUUGUGUAUGCACUGGCAUACUGGUGGGGAUCGAAGCAGAUCGCAGCGAAUCUAUACUCGCAGACAGAUUUCUUCACCGUCCUCCCAGCACUGCUCUUCAGUACCCAGUCCUGCGGACAGAUGUUCGCUCUGGCCCCCGAUAUCUCCAAGGCCCGCGUGGCAUCCAGCAACAUCGUCGAGCUGCUCACCACCCGCUCUGCCGAAGAAGAAAUCUCCCCCGGCUCAACCGCCAACGUCCAACCCUCCAGCCGACUCCUCGACGAAAAACUUCCCGACGUCGAAGCCAACGAAAAAGCCGCCUCCACCACAACCUCGUCUCCGCCAUCCUCCUCCCCAGGCGACAGCACCGGCCUCCUCAUACCUCCGGAGAACGGCAUCGCUGCCCAACUCCGCAACGUCCACUUCACCUACCCCUCUCGCCCGGAACGUCCUAUCCUGCGCGGUUUGAACAUCGACAUCCAACCGGGUCAAUUCUGCGCGCUCGUCGGUCCCUCGGGAUCUGGUAAAUCCACCACCUUUGCCAUGCUUGAGCGCUUCUACCGCCCAGCCCAAGGUUCCGUGGUUAUCGACGGGACAGACAUCACCCGCCAACUGGACACGUCCUUCCGCGAUGACAUUGCCCUCGUCCCGCAGGAGAACGUCAUGUUCGAAGGCAGCGUCGCGUUCAACAUCGGUCUCGGCGCGAAACCAAAUCACGAACCCAGCCAGGCAGAGAUCGAAACCGCAUGCAAAAUGGCCAACAUCCACGAUGUCAUCACAUCCCUGCCCCAGGGCUACGAUACACUGUGCAGCCACGACGGAAAGCAAUUCUCCGGUGGUCAGCGGCAACGCUUGUCUAUUGCUCGCGCGCUUGUCCGGAAACCCCGGAUGUUACUGUUGGACGAGUCUACUAGCGCCCUCGAUGUGGAAUCUGAAAAGCGCAUUCAAGAAGCGCUCGCAACGCUCGCUGGCAGGACAACAGUCGUCGCGAUCGCGCAUCGGUUGAACACGAUCCAUCGGGCGGAUUGCAUUUUCCUUAUUGAGGAUGGUGUUUGUGUGGAGCAGGGGACGCAUACGGAGUUGAUCCAGCGGAGUGAGACGUAUCGCACGAGUGUAAUUCACCAGUCGUUGGAGACUUAAAAAAACACUCCGAAUAUAUUAAAUAGUUUUGUUAUUGUCUCUUUAUUAGAGCAUUAUUGGCGUUUGGGAAUUGAUACCUUGUGGUAUUUACUGUAUUAGUUGGUCAAUAUAUAUUUCCACCUUUCAAGAGUUCAAUUAUAUGUUCUCG